ACAACGAUAUCUUUAGUCACUUCUCUUCUCUUCAUUCCCUCCCCCAUAAACACCUGCAUUAUCAUCUACUCUCUUUCUUCUUUCUUUUGAUUCUUUGCUUACUCAAACAUGGGUUCUCUGUUUCAUAAUUCAAAUCAUCACCAUGGUUUCCCACCUAUCUCGAAAUGUAAUUACGAAAACCGGUCAGAACAAUCGGUAGCUGCGGAUUUGGACGGAACCCUUCUAAUAUCUAAAAGCGCCUUCCCAUAUUUCAUGCUUGUUGCAGUCGAAGCUGGUAGUUUACUAAGAGGACUACUUCUUCUACUUUCCGUCCCAUUUGUUUACUUCUCUUAUAUUUUCAUAUCAGAAGCGUUAGCCAUCAAAACGUUCAUAUUCAUAACUUUCGCCGGUCUAAAGAUCAAAGAUAUCGAAAUCGUUGCACGCUCCGUUUUACCACGAUUUUACGCCGGAGAUGUUCAUCCCGAGAGCUGGAAAGUGUUUAGUUCUUUUGGCAAAAGAUAUAUUGUCACCGCGAAUCCGAGAAUUCUGGUUGAACCGUUUGUUAAAAGUUUCUUAGGUGUUGAUAAAGUUCUGGGAACAGAGCUUCAAGUGUUGUGUAAAUCUGGAAGAGCUAGUGGGUUUGUUCAAAAACCAGGUGUUCUUGUUGGUGCCCAUAAGAAAGAAGCAUUGGAAAGAGAAUUCCGUGACAAUUUACCUGAUUUAGGUUUGGGUGAUCGGAAGUCUGAUCAAGCUUUCAUGUCCGUUUGCAAGGAAGGUUAUAUGGUCCAAAAGACUAAAUGUGAACCAGUUCACCGGAACAAGCUUCUAAGUCGGCUAAUAUUUCACGAAGGAAGAUUGGUUGAAAGGCCGACUCCGAUAAGUGCACUCUUGACUUUCUUAUGGUUGCCAAUCGGUUUCGUUCUGGCCCUUCUUAGGAUCUACAUCAGCAUUUUUUUGCCGGAAAGAAUCGUCUGGUACACAUGUAAGCUCCUCCUCUGCGUAAAAAUUACCGUAAAAGGAAACCCUCCUUCUGCCCCGAGAAAAGGCCAACCUGGUGUUCUUUUAGUAUGCAAUCACAGGACCACGUUGGACCCGGUGAUAACUGCUGUAGCCUUGGGGAGAAAAAUCAGUUGUGUCACUUACAGUAUAAGCAAAUUCUCAGAGUUGAUAUCUCCGAUUAAAACCGUAGCCUUAACAAGAGAAAGGGAGAAAGAUGCUGAAAAUAUCAGACGCUUGCUCGAAGAAGGGGACUUGAUGAUUUGUCCAGAGGGAACAACUUGUAGAGAGCCGUUCCUUCUUAGAUUCAGUGCAUUGUUUGCUGAGCUCACAGACAGGAUUGUUCCGGUUGCAAUACACACGAAGCAAAACGUAUUUUUCGGUACAUCGACUCGUGGGUUUAAGCUUAUGGAUCCUUAUUUCGUAUUAAUGAACCCAACGCCGACAUAUGAAAUUACGUUUUUAAAUCAGUUGCCUACUGAAAUGACUUGCACAGGUGGGAAAUCUCCAGUCGAGGUUGCAAAUUACAUUCAGAGGCUUUUAGCCAGAACGCUCGAGUUUGAAUGCACCAACUUGACUAGGAAAGAUAAGUAUGAGAUGCUGGCCGGAACAGAUGGCAUUGUGCGGUCUAAGAAAGAAAAAAAUUAACUAAAAAAAUUUACUCAAACAUUUGUAAUUUUAAAGACAUGUAUAGAUUUGUGAGUACGUGGAUGGAACAAUUCGAAAUUCCUAUUGAAUGUAGUAUUUUUCAUUUAUUACCAGUUCUUAAAUCUUGAGCUAAUUCAAUGACGUACGAUGAAUAGAUUUGUGAUGUCAUGUUUAAA